AUGCGCACCUUUUCUGAGAUCUCUAGGUCAUUCGGAAGAUCAAGCCGUAAACAAGAGAAACAGGAUAAUGACGAGAAGAAGGCCUCUCUUGAGCCUUAUGCUCCUACGAUAGCUGAAGAUGAUGCUCCUGAACCAGUACCCGCGUCUACCAACCCGACCGAGGAUCUGUUGGCCAUCUGUGACACCCUAGUCCGACCGCCAAGUCAAGACAUAUCGCGGCCGUUUGACAAUAUACCUUCACCGAGGCUCUCGGAGUCUCGUUCAUCCAAGCAGGGCAAGAAGAAGAGAAAAUCUCUCGUCCCUGCAGCACCCCCGACCCUUCAAAUUGAAUCGUCGCUCACUCCUUUCGGUGACGCAUUCAGGUCGUUCGUAGAAGAGCCAAAACCUUCACUGUCAGUAGUAGCAUCACCACCAGCGGCCACUACUACGACUACAAUAGCGGCUGCGACAAUAGCGGCGCCAGCGGCUGCUGCUGCUACCACCGUCAAUGCGGCAGAAUCGGAUGAGACAUCUGGACAGCGGACCACCAAUACUCAACCAACCGCCGUCGAUUCUACUGCGGCCACUAUUUCGACAAAGAAUAAUGCCGAAUCCCGCUUUUCGGCUUCCCCAGUACCGUCAAAGGAGAAGCCUCCUUCCUCGCCACUAAAGGCAUUCUUUGGUGGCAACAAACUAAAGAAUAGGCUAUCUGCUUAUUGGUCUCCCGAACAGACUACGGAGCCUCUACCAAUAGAUCGGUGCUAUUCGAAUGACGAAAAGUUGGCAGCCGCUCGUGCUACAUCUCCCACCCCAAAAGGUGACAAGGAGUUGGGGCAACUAGGCAAGAAGGGCUCAAACGAAUUUUUAUUGAGUAGAGGUUUCGGUUCCAUCAAGAAGCUGACAAGCCGCUCAAA